CAACGUUUAACUCAUCGAAUUUUGACAUUGAACUUCAACGUUAUCCGUAUCCACCUUAUAAAGCGGACAAUUUUGUUCUGGUUAUUCAAGUUUGGUUUCCAUUCUUACUGGUCAUGUCAUACAUAUUCGCUGCUAUCAAUACAGUCAAAAAUAUUGUCUACGAAAAAGAAAAUGGAUUGAAGGUUGCUAUGACUAUCAUGGGUCUUAGUAGUUGGAUUCAUUGGCUUUCAUGGUUUACACGUUCACUAAUAUUUCUACUCAUAGCUGAUAUACUGAUCGCUGUUUGCUAUAUCGUCAAAAUUCCAUUAAGAUCCGGUGGUUCAAUGUCUGUUAUUGGUGAAUCGGACAUCACUUUAGUCUUCUUUUUCUUAUUUUCGUAUUCAAUCACAUCGAUCUGUUUUAUGUUUCUGCUCAGUACACUUUUCGACAAAGCAAAUAGUGCCGCGGCAGGUACAGGUGGCUUAUGGUUUCUUGUAUAUCUACCAUAUGCAUUUAUUCAACCACGUUAUGAAACCAUGACAAGAGGUGCAAAAAUGGGCACGUGUCUUUUACAUAA